AUGGCGACAGUUAUAAUUCAGUUUUGUAAUCGUUGUGAAGAAAGGAAAUAUUUAAAACUAUGUAAGAAGUGUCUACAGUAUUUAUGUAGUGAUUGUAAGCGUGAACAUUUCUGUGGAGUAUCUGCAGCACCUCCGACUAUCUAUAGUUCGAGUGAACACUUGAUAAAGAGCAUCGACAAUAAACCAUUCCAAUGUCGGACUCAUUUGAAGGAAGUCGUCCGUUUUUGUUUUACUUGCACUCUCCAGCUGUGUGAGGAAUGCCUAGAUAAUGAUCUCUCUCAGCAUAAAAAUCACGUGAUAUACAAUGUAGAUAACGCUGCUAAAGAGAUACGAAGGCAAACAGAUGAAAAAAUCGCAUCACUUAAAGUGAAGAUAGAAAAGGCUAGAAGGCAGAGACAUGAACUUGAUAAACAAAGGUUCAGUUCUACAGAAAGACAGAAUACUAGACGGCAGGUCAUUAACCUCGCCUCUAAUCUUGCCUCUGCCAUAGUCGCCGCUAUUGAAGACCAGGCACGAUUAGAUAAAACAGUGGCUGCCGAAAGUGUUACAAAGCUUCAGAAGACUAUUGAUGUAUGGACGGACACCAACCGUACACUUCAUAAAAUUUCUACAGCACCUCACAACCUAGAAAAUAUCCAUCUUUUCUGUAAAUAUAUAAAAGUUCAUGAAAAUUUAGAUUUACCUUCUAUUAAGACAAGAGCUGAUUUUCCUGAUGAUAGAAAAUUCCAACACUCAGAACUUGUCCAAACCGAGUUAAGAUCAUUAGUGGAAUACUUAGAAGCAUUAACUGGUAUCAAUGUUCCGUUGCCUGUGAAAACGCAAGAAGAAAUAGAGAGACUUGCAACCGCCUAUGAUAGAGAAAUUACAAUGGUUGAUUUGGCUACUAACCCAGCGUCCAGACCACAAUCGAGAAUUAGUAUUAAGACAAACAUGACAGCGACAACCAUGCUGACUAAAUACGAAGAAGAUUCCAUCAUGUAUAUCAAAAGUGAAAAUCAAGCUUUGAAAAUGGAACUCAGUAAACUCAGAAAACAGACAAAAGAAAUGAUGCAUGCUACAUCACUUCUAUCUAACUACUGCACAAACGCGAUGAAGUUUUCCUUGAUGCAGGAGGAUGAUAUAUUGGAAGCUCUGAGAAAACCAAUGGUGGACGAUGAUGAAUUAUCCGAGUUCUAUCAUAGUAUCUCAUCUGUUGGACAUUCCUUCUCAAAACUGAAGAGCAAGAUACUGAAUGUUGAAAGUACUGAUAUGGGAUCCUUUGAAGACCUCCAAAACAACACUGAUGACACAAAAAGUAUCCAAACAAGGAUGUCUAUUGAAACUGUAGCCAACCACAGCAUAGCAGAAACUGUUUCAACUACUAUCCAUGACAAAGUCAGCGAGUUACCUCCCAUAUCACAGAAGAGCAGUAGACCAAACAGCAUUAUUUACAUGUACUCUAAAUUGUAUGAUAACGAAUGGAGUGAUGCCUUGGACAUGCUUACACAGUCUGGAAAACGAUGGGCUAUGGACCUCGUUAUAAAACAUCUAUACAUAGUCAUAAAGGUAAACUAG